GUUUUUUCUUCGGGUCAUUGUUGAAAAAAUGGCGGCGACAGUGUCACCAAAAGACGUCGGCACCUUUUUAAGUCAAAAACAAAAUGUAUCGGACAAGGAACAGGCAGCGGAGUGGGCACAGUUGGAGGAACUUUACAACAAAAGACUUUGGCAUCAGCUAACGCUAAAAUUGGAGACUUUUGUGAAACAUCCAGCCUUGCAGAAAGGAGAUAAUCUUGUGCAACUAUAUAAUAAUUUCUUGUCGACUUUUGAAAAUAAGAUAAAUCCAUUGUCACUAGUAGAAAUUUUAGUCCAUGUAAUUGCACAGUUUCAAGAUAAGCAAGAGGCGAUAACAUUCUUGGAAAAAACUGAGCCUAAAGUAAAAAGUAACAAUGAAGCUCUGGCCCUCUGCAAAGUCUUGGCAGGGCAGAUUUUACUCGACAUGCUCAACGACCAAGAGAAAACGAAGAAGAUCAUCGACGAUGUCGAAGUUAUGCUGGAUAAUGCGGACGGAAUAACAACUGUUCACGGCAGAUUUUACCUCUUAGCCAGUCGACUCUAUCGAUUACAAGGAAAGCACGCAGAUUACUAUCGCACUGCUUUAAGGUAUUUGGGCUGCAUCGAGCUGGAUGAAUUAGCCAAACAAGAACAAGAGCAACAUGCCUUUUUCCUCGGUCUUGCUGCUCUCUUGGGGGAGGGUGUAUAUAAUCUCGGAGAAUUAUUGGCGCAUCCUAUCUUGGAAUCAUUGAAGGGAACCGCAAAUGCUUGGCUUGUUGAGGUACUUCAGGCCUUCAAUGCAGGAGACAUUGCCGCUUUGGAAAAGUUGAAACCACAGUGGAGCAAAGUCGCUGAUCUGGCGGCUCAGGAAUUGAAAUUGAGGCAAAAAAUUUCACUUCUAUGUCUCAUGGAAAUGACCUUUAAACGACAAUCAAACAAUCGGCAAUUGACUUUCGGUGAAAUCUCGCAGGAGACUCGCUUACCGAUUGGGGAAGUCGAACUUUUAGUUAUGAAAGCGCUGGCGCAAGGUUUAGUUCAAGGAGAAAUUGACCAAGUCGCAGGAAUAGUGAACAUGACCUGGGUUCAACCUCGAGUUUUGGAUCGUACUCAAAUUUCAGGCAUGAUUGAACGUCUCGAGGGUUGGUGCAAGGACGUCAAUUCCAUGGAAGGCCUCCUGGAAACUCGAGCUAGUGAAAUACUCACGCUUUAAAAAAAGUGCCCUCAGUGGAAUUCUGUCUCUUCGUUAAUAUUAGUUUUUCAUUUACUUCCGUAACAUUUUCUUUGAUGCAUUAGUAUGAAUGAAACGGCGGUACUUUUCGAGCCCACGUAAAUAUUCAAGUACUGCUUGUUAGUGAAUGAAUGAGUUAAUACAUAAAUGCUGAUUUAUAAUGGAUUAUACAGUUUGUCACACGAUAAUCUCUUAAUAAAAUUUUCAACGGAAUUCA